AAGCUCUUGACUGGGCUGCGAUUCGAUGGACGACAAGUGGUUCGCUACUGUAACGCAUGCCGCUGUACGUGUGCACACAGUAGCUGUCGCUAGUUCACGUCUCAUCAAGGGGCCACGAGGCCGCACAUGAGACUAGAAUCGCUCUGGAUGAAAGAAGGAAGAUUGGACGGGACGGAUGGACGAAUCGGGGCCAUUUCCAUGUUGGUUCUCUUUCAACCGUUUUCCAUAUUUUACUGUACACACAUACUUCUCACAAGGCAGUCCUCGGUUACCACUACUGCUGUCAAUAGCAAUUUACUGUGCCGCAAACAUGCAGAAGGGAAUCCAUCCGGCCACUGUUCGUGUGCGAUCGCCAAUGGGAUCUGCUGUUGAAUGAUCAAGUAGGGGGACAAGGGAAGGCCCCCAAAACUUCUACCACUGGAUGUAGAUGUCUCACGGUUUAAAUACAACAGUCUCCAACCUGCACAGGGCUGUUC